AUGACAUUCCUGGGAUGCUGCUGCAACGAGAAGCUCAAGAACGUUUUAAUAACCGGCAUUGCUAUGGGUAUCUCAUUCUCUGCAGUAUUUCCAGCAGGGGCAGUUCAGAAUAUAGCACUGGAAGAAACUAGCGACAUCCCCCUCACUGUAGGCUACUACUCCGCUAUCAUUCAGAAUAUAGGCUCCAUGGUUACUGCUCUGGUAUUUCAGUUUUUGUAUAAUCGUCUCGGACUCCGGCUAACAGCAGGCCUCUCAAUAGUACUGACAACUGGUUCGUACUGGCCUAUGAUUUGGAUUACAAACCAGUAUGUUAUCUACGCUGGAGAGUUCCUCAGUGGAAUUGGGAGAGGUGCGGGCUGGAUCUUCGCUCCUAUGAUUGUGAUGGAUAAUUCCGAGGUGGGUAAAUCUCAUCGGAAUAUGGGCUACCUCUGGACCACUGCAUCCGCGGGUAUGGUGUUAGGAGGACUAGUUAACUAUUUCUACUUUGUUGAAGUGAGUUCAAUAUCUACCACUAACAGACAGAUAGUCUAUGCUCUGUGUGCUGGUGUCACUGUCCUUGCUAGUCUUCUGGCUGGGUUUGGAAUAUCCGAGAUUAAAGGUAGGGAAUCUCACAAAACUACUGCAGACGUGACUUAUGUGAAAAUUGAUGAAAGUAAUGGGGAGGAUGAUUCUGUUAUGAAAGUAGACGAAAGUAGUAUAGGGGAUGAUGUCGUUAUAAUGCCAAAAGAAGAUGGCGACAAAAAGGAAGGAAUGGAUGGGGACGAGCUAAACAAUUCAUUUAGUGACUUUAUUGUAUGGUUCAAGAUGAUGGCAAGGCGCCCUGUUUUUUGGUUACAUUUUGUUCCCUUAAUAUACACUGGGUUUAUCUGUGCCUACUUUUACAAAAUGUUUCCCACAGCGAUACCUUCAAUAUCCAACCAACGGAAGCUGAUUCCGCUUACAACAGUAGUGAUUGGCGGAUCCAAUCUUGUCGGAAGUGCAACUUCCAACAUAAUUUCCAGAUGGAUAACCCCUACCGCUUGUAUCGUUCUCUCUGGUCUACUUAUCCUGGUGGCCAUGAUACUCUCCAUCUUGAUAUUCCCCAAAGAAGCUUUCUCCCAGAUCCUAGAAAUUGGAGCGGCUGAGACCUUUAUCAAAGGAGGAAUUGUUCAUUUGAUGGUCAUCUCAGCUCUUAUCGGAUUGGGAGAUUCAAUGUUCGCCGUGAUCUAUGACACAGCAAUAGGACGACUCUUCGACAAGAAGACUUCUUUCGGGUACUCCAUUAAUACCCUUGUGUAUCACUUGAUGUAUGGAAUUGGUAUGUUUUCUCCUACUCUAUUUGAUAUUCACUCUUACUGUUACAUCACCAUGGUGACGGUGGUAGCUUCUUGUCUUGCCCUCGCUGUUGGACUCAAACAGUACGUUAGGGAGUGA